CAACUCUCGUGGGGCUGACACGCCACUGAGCCCUUCGACGAAGGCUGCAUCAUGUGCCCAGGAGCUCGGGAAGUACAUCAGCUUCAAUGACAUCGUCCGCACCCGACUCUUGACGAGUCUCACGCGAAUGAAAGAACUCGAUCGGGGUUUGGGCGCCUCAGGGAGAUUCUCCGUACUUGUGCGGUUUAUUUCCCUUUGACGUGCGGGGCAGACCGCUGACGCACAGCCAGGCCAUUUGCUGGAACGAAGAUCAUAUGAUGGUUAUCCGGUGAACUGACACUGGACGUGAGCGACGGCAUGUGCUGACGGUAGCCUCCUUUCUUGGCUCUGAUUUGCGCGAGUCUUCAACGCCACGCGUCGCACUCGGUCAGGGGCCAGCAGUCUUGUAGGCGUUGAAACAUUCCCGAUAUUUGUACCUGUC